ACUCCACCACCUCUUGCCGCAAUCUUGGCUCGUCGAAGGCCGGAAGCCAUGGAGAGGAUGAGGGGAGCGCUGGAAAAAGCCAAGAUGCUCGUCGGCAUGGAUGUCGACGAGGAGGCCACCCCUCAGCAGGAGCCUUCCUUUUUCGACGACUUCAAUCGCGACUGCACCCUCUCCACCCAACAGAGAUUAUAUGGCUUUGUAACAUGUUUGGUCGCAGGUUUAGCCUGUACUUUCCUGUCAAUGCUUGUUUUCUUCAGGCCAAUCAAAUUUGGGAUAACAUUCACUUUUGGGAAUCUUCUUGCUCUUGGAAGCACAGCAUUUCUUAUAGGCCCCAAACGGCAAGUUGACAUGAUGCUUGAUCCUGUUCGUAUAUAUGCAACUGCUAUAUACAUUGCAAGUAUGAUAAUAGCUUUAUUUUGUGCUCUUUAUGUCCACAGUAGACUCUUGACACUCCUGGCUAUAAUUCUAGAGUUUGGUGCUCUUGUGUGGUACAGUCUCAGUUACAUUCCAUUUGCACGAUCAAUUGUUUCCAAAAUUAUGGCAUCUUGCUUCGACACCGAGUUUUGAGCUUGACUUCACCAACACUGAAAGAGAUGGCACCUUGCUCACAGGUUACCUGAUAGCUGAAAUGUGCGCUCAAACACAGAGAUCAGGCUCUUGUUGUAAUUCAGAACGUGGUGAACAACUUGUGCAGCUGACGUCAAAAAUUGGGCUUUGCCCUGAUUGCAUGUUGUCUAUUGUUGCAUCAUUCUGUCAACAUGGCAUACAAAAAUUGAGGUAUAGGUUAGGGUUCGGCAUGGUUUGAGGCAUCGGAUGACUGUUUCGAUAACAUAUAUAUGUUGUCGUGCAAGGACACCGUGGUUUGAUGGAUAAUUUCGCAGUGUAAUUCACUUGUGGUUUACCUGGUUUUAUUUUAUUUUUGUCAUUGGGGUCAAGUCUGGAAAGAGCUGCUGUAAAGCACUGUGCGGCUUGUUUGUUAUAGCAGGGAGCUAGUCCUCCUUUUCUUCUUUCUCCUUUUGCCUGUUGUGUAAAUGUGAGAUGGUGUAUUAAAUUCUCAAUUUGCCAAGUUAGUUA